AUGCUGCAUGUUCGCUUAGGAUCUGUCUUACUAACUGUGUUGUUGAUUCAAUCGUUUGCGAAAUUUGCUCAUGCUGGCCGAACAGAUUGGUCAAUUGAGAAGAAUGCAUCGUUUUGGAGAGAAGAAGCUCGUUUGUCUAUUGAUGAGAUUCUGAAAAAACGUGAUAAUACACGAAUAGCAAAGAAUGUUAUUAUGUUUCUGGGCGAUGGAAUGGGAGUAUCAACGGUCACAGCUGGACGAAUUCGGAAAGGACAAGUUAAUGGACAAUUAGGUGAAGAUCUUGUCACAGAAAUGGAACAGUUCAGCCACUUGGGUUUAUCAAAAACUUAUAAUAUCGAUCAUCAAACGCCUGAUUCAGCUGCUACAGCAACUGCGUAUUUAUGUGGUGUUAAAGCUCAGUUAGGAACGAUUGGUGUCGAUGGACGAGCAAAACGAAGUGACUGUUUGAGCUCUCUUGGAACAAAUGUAUCAAGUAUUCUCAAUUGGGCCCAGGAUCUCGGUCACAAAGUCGGUAUUGUCACUACUGCUCGUAUCACUCAUGCAACACCAUCAGCAGCUUACGCACACAUUCCCGAACGGAAUUGGGAAGGUUACGAUACACGAUAUUUUGGCGCGACUCAAGCUCAGCAAGGUUGUGUAGAUAUUGCUGAGCAACUUGUUCUUCAUUCUCCACCGAUCGAUGUUCUAUUCGGCGGAGGUCGUCGAUAUUUUUAUCCAAAUACGGUACGUGAUGUCGAAAAUGCAUCUAUAUUCAAUUCACGUACAGAUCAAAAAUCACUUGUUGAUGAUUAUUGGAAAGGACGUUUCAUUUGGAAUAAAACUGAAAUGAAUAAAAUUCCAUUUGGAUCACCCGAACCUAUCCUAGGUUUAUUUGAAUACGAUCAUAUGCAGUAUGAAAGUGAUCGAUUGGCCUAUGGAAAUGACGAACCAAGUUUAACAGAAAUGACAAGAUUUGCUUUAGAACACUUGUUGGCAACAAAUCAGGGAUUCUUUCUUUUAGUUGAAGGUGGAAGAAUCGAUCAUGGACAUCACGAAACACGUGCAAGAUACGCUUUAGAUGAAUAUGUUCAAUUAGAUGAUGCUAUCGGACAUGCGAAGCAAUUCUUAAAAGAUCGUGGUGUUCUCAAUGAAACACUUAUGGUAGUCACAGCUGAUCAUUCACAUGUCUUUUCAUUCGGUGCAUAUGCAUCCCGUGGUUCAAAUAUCUUAGGUUUUGGAUCAUUAGAACAGUUGAAUGUAAGUGAUGUCGAUCGAUUACCGAUUAAUAUCAUUGCCUAUGGAAAUGGACCUAAUUAUGCAUCUGCACGAAAUGCAACUUAUUUAUAUUCAUUAGACACAAAUUCAACGAAAUAUUUAUCACCAACAGCUUUACCAAUGAAAGCUGAAACACAUGGCGGUGAAGACGUACCGGUGUAUGCGGAAGGACCUUGGAGUCAUUUAUUUACUGGAACAAUGGAACAACAUACAAUUGCACAUAAGAUGGCCUAUGCAGCAUGUUGGGGAGAAUAUGUCAAUCGAGAUGGAUGUGUUUCCAAUGGAACACAAAUAAAUCCUUCAACAACAACUACUGCCACACGAGCAUCUUCUUCAACAACAUCCACUGGAACACAAACAAAUCAUAAAAUAACAUUAAUACAAAUUAGUAUUUUGUUCUUUCUUCUGAAAAUAAUCAAUGAUUAA